AUGGAAGUGGAUGGUUUUUAUGGUGGUAACUUUGUUCUAUCGAGAUCGAAGGACAGAAUUAUGAUAAGGUCAUGGUUAAAACAAACCGUCAUUAUCGAAACAAUGCAUAUUUCGUGCAAAUCUGACACAUAUAAAAAACGUCACAACUAUGGUGGAGUGAUUAUUUACCAAUACGACGGCAAGUCAGAAUGGAGAACCGCCAACAACACUCGCUGUAAGUCUGGCUAUAUCGCCAUUCAAGACACAGAUUCAGAAAAUGUUAAGAAGUGGAUUGGUAAAGAGCCUGGUCAAGUUCACGGAGCUGUCUAUAGAAAUGUCUUCGGUGAAUCUAAGACGGAGAGCGUCGUUGGCGAAGGUUUUGCAAUACAAAACGGAGAGAUUAAAUUUAAUUCAAGCGUCUUUAACAGCCCAGAGAACAGUGUAUUCCACGAUGGUCAAAAAUGGAUGAAUGAAUGGUCAAAGCGUUGCGUAAGAAAGAUAGUUAAAGAGUGGAUGACUGCAGGUUCGUCUGGGGUCAAAGGGAGAAAUUUCGAUGUGAAACAACUGCUCUCAUGCGAUUCUGAAGACAAUACGCAAUAUUGUAAUAUACUGUGA